AUGAUUCGAGUUGGUGGCCGGCUUCGGAAUGCCACCUUGACCGACGACGUUCGCAAUCCGAUUGUCCUCAAGGACCAUCCCUUGGUCAGGAUUAUCAUAAUGGACACCCACCGACGAUCUUUACACGCUGGAUCCCAAUUGACGCUGGCUCGCCUUCGAGAAAAAUUUUGGAUCUUACGAGCUCGCUCUCUGGUCCGCGCUGUACUCUACACAUGUGUACCUUGUACACGAGAGAAAGCUCCGAUUCCCACCGAACUUAUGGGUGACCUUCCGAAUGUAAGAGUAAAUCGCUCAAAUCGAGCGUUCGAACAUACCGGUGUCGAUUAUGCCGGUCCUAUCCUCGUGCGUACCUCUCGUGGACGAGGCCAUAAGGCACACAAGGCCUAUAUUUCCGUGUUCGUCUGUAUGACGACAAAGGUGAUCCACCUCGAGCUCGUCAGCGAUUACUCGUCAGACGCUUUUAUCGCUACAUUACAUCGCUUCGUGUCCCGCCGCGGAUAUCCUUCGUCGAUUUAUUCGGAUAAUGGAACUACUUUCCAAGGUGCCGAUCGAGAACUUAGAAUAGCAAUUGCGAAGGCUCUCGAAAAUUCGGACUUUCAGAACACGCUUUCGACCGACGGCGUAACAUGGCAUUUUGUACCACCUUCCGCUCCACACUUCGGUGGACUAUGGGAAGCUGCCGUACGCAGCGUCAAGUACCGUUUAAGACGCUGUAUCGGGUCAUACACACUGACAUUCGAAGAACUAACUACAGUUCUUUAUCGUAUCGAGGCCUGUUUGAAUUCUCGUCCUCUUGGCUCCGUUUCCGACAAUUUCGAUGAUUAUAAUGCGCUAACGCCAGGACACUUCUUAAUCGGAGGACCAAUUCUGGCUGCGCCACAGCCGAGCGUUCUCGAUCAAAACGAAACUCGCCUUUCCCGCUGGCAAUUGCUGCAACACAUUACCGAAAAAUUUUGGAAAUCUUGGUCAAACGAUUAUUUAUUGACGUUGCAGCAGCGGCCAAAAUGGAGAGUCGCGCAACGCCUCGCGACCGUAGGUCGAAUCAUUCUUUUACGAAACCCAGUUGCGCCCCCGUGUCACUGGGAGCUCGGACGCAUUUCCGAAUGUCAUCCCGGCGACGAUGGGCUAACUCGAGUCGUUACCGUCCGCACCGCGCGAUCGCAGUAUAAGCGUCCAAUUGUCAAAUUGUGUUUUCUACCGAUCGAUAUCAACAACGAAACCGACCAAAGCUCCGCCACGGCGGGCGGCACCGCUUCCGACUAA